AUGAGAAAAAACCUCACGGACGUCGAACGGAACGCCGUGCUGCAGAGAUUGCUCAUUCGAAUGCAACCCGGCGGCAAGCUGCCUCGAGGAGCCAUGGUGGAUGUAGCGCUGGAGUUCGGCGUGGUGCGGAGUACUGUCCGGCGGAUCUGGAAGCGAGCGUGUGUGGACGUCCAUGGUGGUGUUCGCCCGUGUGCCGACGUUUCAUCGCAAAUGAAGGGUCGUGUUGGAAGAAAGCAAGUGCAUGAAUCGAUUUCCCAACGACUGCAAGCGAUUCCAAAGGCCCGUCGAACCACGUUUCGGUCCAUCGCUGCAGCCAUGAAUGUGCCGAAGACGACACUGCAUCGAUACUACAAGAAGGGCCUCUUCAUCAAGUACUCGAGUGUCCUCAAGCCGUCGCUGACAGAUGCCAACAAGGUCGUUCGUCUUAAGUGGUCCGUCGAUGCCCUGCGCUCUGGUUUGGAUGGCGGACUGCGUUUUGAUGACAUGAUGGAUUGUGUCCAUGUGGACGAGAAGUGGUUAUUUGCGUCGCGUGUUCGAGCGACGUACUACUUGGCGAAAGGUGAAGAGCCACCGCACCGCACGACCAAGUCCAAGCUACACAUCAUGAAAGUGAUGUUUCUAUCAGCUGUGGUACGACCGCGGUGGGACAACGAGAGUGGCUCAUGGUUCGAUGGGAAGAUCGGCACAUGGCAUUUCACGGAGUGGAACCCUGCGAAGCGUUCGAGCCGGAAUCGUCCAGCUGGUACCAUGGAGUUGAGCGCUGUGAGCGUGACGCGGCGCGUGUACAAGCAAAUGUUGAUCAACAAGGUGAUUCCGGCGAUCAAGGCGCGGUGGCCGAAGGAAGAAACGUGCAAAAUACGGAUCCAACAGGACAAUGCCCGACCACACGUGUCGCCUCUGGAUGCCGAGAUCGUGGCGGCAUGCAGACAAGAUGGUUGGGACAUGCAAGUGGUCUUUCAACUCCCGAACUCCCCAGAUUUGAAUGUCUUGGACCUCGGCUUUUUCCGUGCGAUUCAAUCCCUUCAAGAUCGGAACUGCUCACGAAGCAUGGUUGACAUUGUGGACAAUACGGAGCGUGCGUGGAGCGAUGUUGACCCAGCCACGUUGAAUGCCAACUUUUUGACGUUGCAAGGAUGCAUGAUGGAAGUGAUUCGUUGCGCGGGUGGCAACAAUUACAAGAUACCACACAUGAAGAAUGCCGUGCUCGCUGCGAAAGGUCGCUUGCCCUCGUCGAUUGAAGCGGAUGCUGGCGUUGUCAACGCCAGUAUGGAAUUGCUAAGUGAGUGUGACUUGUCUACAGUCACCUUAGAAUUGGCAAGCGAAGUGGCGAAGAACUUGGAAAUGAGCGAUGUCUGCACGGAGCUUGAGCGUCUGGAUGACGUAGACGAUUCCGAUGAUGAAGAACUUGAUAUACCAUCGGUACUUGGAUUAAACAUUUGA